UGAACCUUUGGCCCAGCAGUGUAGGGAUAAUGUGGAGCUAAACCUGCAAAAUGAUUUUGUACCAGCACUCGGGAAAGUUUUUGGCUUUAACUGUCUUCCUGACAUUUAGAUAUCGCCCCCAGUUGCUCUUUUGUUCCUGUUAUCCUAUUAAGAAAAUAAUCUACCAACAGAUGUUACAAAAUGCUUACGGUUGCAUAUUAAGGGUGGGGAAGAGAGGAACAGUGAGGAAUGGAAAGUAAAUUAUUAAGAAAAGAGGAAGGAUAGAAGUCAGUGUAGUUUAUUUGUGAGGGGAUUUGAUCAGAUCGUGAUGUUACGAAUCAGUCUCCUGUUCAUCCUGCUCUCACACUCUGCCCACUCCACACUGCUGGGAUGGGUGGAGUCUCCAGGGUAUCCCAAAGGAUACCUUCCCCAUGCCAGUCUGAACUGGAGCAGGUGUGCCCCAAAAGGUCACACCCUCUCGAUCAGGCUGAUCCACCUGGACCUGGAGGACAGCCAGGACUGUGAAAACGAUGCCGUGAAGGUCUUUUCAAACGGAAACCUUAUUUCUGUUCUGUGUGGCACAAAGGAGUUUGAGGAGCUUCAGUCCUCUGUAAAUCCUUCCCUCCUCUCCUCCCCAGGCGGUUGUCUCUCUCUUUCUUUCCAGUCAGACUACUCAAACACAAAGAGGCACACCGGCUUCAGAGGCUUUUAUUCUGACAAAGACUUUGAUGAAUGCGAGGAUGAUCCUGAAAACGGCUGCACGCAAUUCUGUCACAACUUCAUUGGCGGGUAUCACUGCUCCUGUCACCAUGGUUACCACUUGGACGCAGACAAGCACACUUGCACAGUGAGCUGUUCUGAGGAUCUGUCAGGCCUGAACAGUGGAGACGUAUCAAGCCCCUCCUGGCCAGCUCCGUAUGCAGAGAACUCAAACUGUCUGUAUAACCUGUCUGUGAGAGAGCAUCUGCAGCUUGAGCUGCACUUCUCUGAUGAUUUUGAUGUGGAGCAAAGCCCUGAUGGUCAAUGCAUAGACACGGUGAUGCUUGAGUCUCCCUCUGGGACUCUGGGGCCAUUCUGUGGCAAAACACCUCCCCCAUCUCCCCUCUUCACUCACUCACAUCAUGUCCAAAUCCGCUUCACCUCUGAUGGGUUUGGCACCAACAAAGGCUUCUCUGUCCACUUCAAAACCACAGAUAAGGUCUGCCCAGCAGAGGUAACACCACACUCCGCUGCGUCUCCUCAACAACAAGAGUAUUCUCAGGGUCAGACAGUUACGGCCACUUGUGAACUGGGCUAUGUUGUCAACACUCACGGAACCAAGACUCUGUCAAUGCAGUUUGAAACAACAUGUCAGAACACAGGCAUAUGGACUCCCAGUUACAUCUGUGAACCUGUGGAUUGUGGUCUUCCUGGCAUCCAGAAGGAUGGUGUCCUUGAGUUUGUGGGCUCAGAAACGCAGUACAACAACCAGAUCCAGUUUAACUGCAGCUCAAAGUAUUACAAACUGGACGGAGACGACACAUACACUUGUAAUUACAACGGUGAAUGGGUAUCGAGUGGGGGCAAAACAGAGUUGCCAAAAUGUGUUGAAGUGUGUGGGAUGCCUGAUAAACAUACUGCAAGUGCAGGCAGGAUCUUGGGAGGUCAGGAUGCAAACCUGGGAGAAAUACCCUGGCAUCUUUUAGUAAAAGAACCCAACAGAGGAGGAGCGUCACUGAUUAAUGACCGCUGGGCUGUGACUGCGGCUCAUGUUGUGGAAAACGUGCAGGAGAAUGCUCUGAGAAUAUAUGGUGGAGUGGUGAAUAGAGACGCAUUGUUAGACAGGUCUUCUAAUGCAGCUGAACUGAACAUUGAGAAGAUCAUACUCCAUCCCGGAUAUGUCACAGGCAUCGAAGAUCGCACCAACUUUGACAAUGACAUUGCUCUUAUCAGAUUUGCUUCACGGGUGGAAUUCAGCCCAAACCUCCUUCCUGUAUGUCUCCCACAGACAAACAGAGAUCUGAUGGAGAAUGAACAAGGCACAGUGUCCGGCUGGGGGAGGACAGAAGGCCAGAGGGGGUUCCGUACAUCCAGCACAUUAAAAUAUGCUGAUAUUGGGGUCUACUCGCUCAGAGAAUGCCAGGACACACCUAUCACACCAAGCAACAAAAACACAGUGUUCACUUCUAACAUGUUCUGUGCUGGUGCCUCAGGGAAGGACAGCUGCCAGAAAGACAGCGGGGGCCCGCUCGUUAUGCCUGUGCUGAGUGCAGAGGGGCCGCAUUAUCUGGCUGGUAUUGUGUCCUGGGGACCCCCCUGUCAGCUGAAGAGGUUCAAGGGUUACUACACCAAGGUGAAGAAUUAUGUCGACUGGAUUAGGGAGACUAUGGAUGCUGUAGAAAAUCUUAGCCUGAGGGGAGAUUAAGGUAGAAAAUACUGAGCUACAAACCCAAAAUGAUGUAAUACAUUUCAAGAUUUAUUCACAUCUCUAUAUUCAGAAAAAUAAAGAUUAUAAUAUUUUAAUCAAAUGUACUGACACUCAUAACAUUGAGCUCUGAUCAUAAAAUGGCUUCAUACUUUACUUUGUAUUAAAGGAAUUUGCAAAUCACCA